CACCACUCGACCCCGGCCCCCAAUAGACCCAUCAAAUCAGCAAAUAACUUGCUGACCGGACAGUGAUUAUUUAAGCAAUCGCAUCGUCGAUAUCAAAUUGGCGGGGAAGCCCGCAAAGGCCCCCACAUCCGGCCGCCUCCCGAACACCGCCUUCUUUAGUGCCGGGGAGGAUGGUCUCCAGUUGUCCACUAUCAGCCUGCCCCAUACGCUCGCGGCCUGCAUAGGCAACCGCUGGAUCCGGCCAUCUAUCUCCCUCUGAAUGUGAUCUUCCAACUAACUGCAAAUGCCGCUGGCUUUGCCUUUUCCAGCAUGUUGACCGCCAAACGCAAGCCGCCCAGUGCGGACUUGGAUGACAAUAGACCUGUGGCGAAGAGAAGUAACAGUUUGAGUUACAAUGCGCAUGCGCCUUGGUUACAUGACUCCAGGCCAUCUCGGACAUGGCGGACUUUAGGGGAUCGUGGGGUACGGUCUUCAUUACCACUCGAAAACAUGGUCUCGACCGUCCGCGAUCUAAUCGACCCGGAUUUCGACCCUCUUAUUGCCAUUCUCGACGAUGAACCUCGCUUCUUGAAGCCUCUCCCGUCUCGUAUCUCACCGGAAGACCUGGAGUUCCUGCGCUUCCGCGGGGCUUUAUCGAUUCCAGAGAGUGGCCUGCGGAAUGAAUUACUACGAUGCUAUAUCAAAUGGGUGCAUAGCUUCAUGCCGGUGUUAAAUUUACAGGAGUUUCUUCGAUGUGUCGCAAAAAAUGACCCCAAUGGCAAUAUCAGCCUUUUGCUUUUUCAAGCAGUGAUGUUUGUGGCGACGGCUUUCGUCGACCUGCAGCAUCUGCAAGCAGCUGGAUAUGCAACGCGAAAAAGUGCUCGCAGUGCGUUCUUCACUCGAUUAAGGCUCCUCUACUCACUCGACUGCGAAGACGAUCGAAUAGUCAUUCUACAGACUUUGCUGCUGAUGACAUAUUGGUCUGACCACCAAAACCACCCACAAAGAGACAUUUGGGACUGGAUUGGUCUCUGCAAUAUACAUGCGCACUCGAUAGGGUUGAAUAGAGACCCUUCAUCGGCCAAUAUGGACCCUAGGACCAAGCGGCUGCGAUCCCGUAUCUGGUGGAGCUUGUAUUCACGAGACCGGCUUAUUGCGAUGGGGCUGAGACGGCCAACCCAGGUGAACGAAGGGACUAGCAAUGUUCCCAUGUUGAGACUGGAAGACUUUGAUUUCGAACCCUACCACCCUACCGUGAUCGAGAUGUUUCGUUGUCGUCAGCUGGAGGAUGCUUCCCAUCAAAAGCGCCUGGCAACCAUGUUUAUUGAAAAGGCCAAGCUAUGUCAAUGUAUCGGCCGGGUAUUGUUCGCCCAAUAUACCCCGUCGCAGUGUCAGUUUGGCGUGACCACUCGCACAACCAUCAGUCUAGUCCCCAGGCAGGCUUCGGAGUCGGAAUUGGCACGAUGCAGCCAGCGAUUGGAGUCGUGGUUGAGCGCUCUGCCAAGGGACGCACAGUUCAUCCCCGCGUCAAGAACAAACUUCCACGAUGGGGAGGAUGUUCUACUCCUCCAUGGUGCUAUGGUACGAAUGUUAUACCAUGCUACCACAAGCGCGCUGCAUCGUCCCUGGGCAUUUACGUCCAACAAGGACCAGUCACGAUCACGCCGGGAGUUGAUUCAAACUGCACAAUCGAAGAUGCACGAUGCUGCUGUGGGUAUCACGCAUAUCAUCCAAGGCCUCAAUCAGCUUAACCUCACUCGAUUCCUCCCUCAAUCCGGAGUGACCGUCAUUAUCCCAGCCGCCGUGGCCCACCUGACCAACUCCUUAUCUGGCAAUCCCGCAACCCGAGAGACCAGCAUCUACAACUUCCAGCGGUGCAUCCAGGUGCUGCAGGGUCUUAAAGACAUCUACCCUGCAGCGGACAUGGAGGUCGCUAAUAUUGAAGCCGCGGUCAAGCUCCAGUCUGACAGUACAAACACCUUUCUCCGAAUCAUGCAGUACGCCAACACCUCCGGCACCAUGAGCCACGAACAGCCUCGAAAGCAAAGCACCAUAUCAAACCCACAUACGAUAAUAUCAAUGGACGACCGAGUCUCCAAUCACUGGACUCCUCCGCAAGACGAGCCCGACCCAGCCACCCACCCCAGACAGCCCACCUCUAAACCAACCAGUCCAACAACACAACCCACACCCACGAAAAGAACCAGCACCACAACCAACCCCCCGCUCACAUUCAACAACAACAGUCACAACCGCAACAAUCCCACCAACCCCUUACCCAAACAAACCGAACCCACCCCGCCCAACGACUUCGACGAUCCCAUCGCCAACUUUCUCAACGACACCAACCCUCCCAUCUCACCCCGCGACACUCGAUCCCAAUCUAACCCCAACACCACCAUCAACUCAACCGACCCCUUCCCCUUCGACCUCGACUUCGAUCUCGACACCUUCGCCGCCGACUUUCCUCCCCAGAAUCCCAAUCCCGACCCAUCCCCAGACCUCGACAUAGACUGGGCCAGUGAGCUUCUCCGAUGGACCGGUCCAGCCCCGGAGGAUGCAUUAACCAAUAACAAGGACCUGUUUUCUCCCUUUCCGAAUCAUGUGCAUGACAGUACGCCGGGACAGAGGUCGAGUAGUCAUGUGAACGGGGAUAUCACGGGGGAUUUGGACAGGGAUUUGGGGUUUGUUCCUUCCGAUGAUGACUUGUUUUAGGCGUUGGGGCGGGAUUUGUCGGUGUGUGUCUUCUAGGUUGGGGGAUGGAUUUCGUGUACAUAGGUUAUAUAUAUUCAGCAUAGGCGGACAGGCUGUGUAAAUAAUGGCUUUGCGAUCGUGAUAAUU